GUGACAGUUUGAGAGGAGGAGCGGCAGUAAGAGCCCUGCUCCGCUGCUCCGCUACACCAGCAGUCAGCCUGUCACACACUUGUCUCACGAACUAAACCGAAGUUUUUCCAGCUCUCGGACUUAAACAGGAAACCUUAUCCACGAGCUCCCGGUCGGAUCCAACAGCCCAGGGCGGAGGUGGACGGCUCCGAAACACAGUAACGGUAUCAUGGCUGCCCUGUUUACGGAGCUUCCCUCCUAGACUUCCUUCAUAUCUACACCCACACAUACAUAAACCUCCCUGUAAACAACACAAACACUCAAUUUUGAGUUGUGGUGUGUGUGAGUAUAUGUGAAGGAUGACAACCUCCCAUUUGAAUGGCCAUGUUGCUGUGGAGGGAGGGGGAGGAGGAGGGGAUGAAGAUCUCAGGGGAGGACAGCAGCACAGAGAAAUGGCCAUCGACUGUCCGGGAGAGCUGGGGGGUCGGAUGCUACCGCUCCGACGUUCUGCACAGCUGGAGAGGAUACGACAACAUCAGGAGGACCUUCGGCGUCGUAGAGAGGAGGAGGGUCGGCAGCUUGACCUGAACGCCUCACUCAGGCUCAGGAAGCUCUCCCAGAAUCCCCACAUCGGCAUAGACAAUCCUACAUUCCUGGAAGAUGCAUACAUACCGCAGCAGACAUUGCUCAGCACCCAGCACGCACAUGCACUGCUAGAGUUGGAGGAGUUGUUGUUGUCCCUGAAACAGGUCCGAGGCUGCCUGUCCGACCAGCAGAGUCAAAAUGACAUAGAGCUGGUACUUGCACUACUAAACAAGUCUGACUUCCAGUCAGCGCUGAAGAUCCACAAUGCUGUGGCCACCAGCAUGCACCGACCCUCUCCUCCGUACCCUCACACACACCAGGCACUUCAGCUGGCCAUGGAGGUAAGGGAUCUCAUCCAGUCAAGUCAGAACAAAGAGGGACUUGAACUCCACAGCCUGCUGUCAGACACACACGUCCAGUCGAUGCUCCUGGCCCAUGACAGCAUAGCAGAGACGGAAAUGCAGCCCGAAGCAGUGCCUGACCAGGGAGAAACACUGACCCAGUGGGGAGGAGAGACUGUCAAGAUCGUUCGCAUAGAGAAGGCCCAAGAUGUACCACUGGGAGCGACUGUUCGUAAUGAAAUGGACAGUGUUGUGAUUAGUCGCAUUGUUCGCGGCGGAGCAGCUGAGCGGAGUGGACUGUUAUCAGAGGGAGAUGAAAUCUUGGAGAUCAACAGCAUUGAGAUAAGAGGGAAAGAUGUCAACCAAGUCUUUGACAUUCUCGCGGACAUGCAUGGCCUACUGACCUUUGUGCUGAUUCCCAGCAAUCAGAGUAAACCUCCUCCUGUCAAAGAGACUGUGGUUCAUGUGAAGGCUCAUUUUGACUACGACCCCUCAGAUGACCCUUAUGUGCCUUGCAGAGAGUUGGGCUUGUCUUUCCAGAAAGGAGACAUUCUCCACAUCAUCAGUCAGUCAGACCCCAACUGGUGGCAGGCUUACAGGGAUGGAGAUGAGGAUAACCAGCCGCUGGCUGGACUAGUACCAGGGAAGAGUUUUCAGCAGCAGAGAGAAGCCAUGAAACAAACCAUAGAAGAAGACAAGGAGCCUGAGAAGCCUGGGAAGCUUUGGUGUGCAAAGAAGAACAAGAGGAAGAGAAAGAAGCCGUUGUACAACACUCACAAGAAUGAUGAUUUUGAUAAUGAGGAGAUUCUCACCUAUGAGGAGAUGGCUCUGUACCACCAGCCAGCCAAUAGGAAGCGGCCUAUUGCACUGAUUGGCCCAACCAGCUGCGGACAGGGAGAACUUAGGCAGAGACUCCUCAACAACCAACCAGAACGUUUCGCUGGAGCUGUACCUCACACCACGAGAAGCCGUAGAGAAGGAGAGCUGGGUGGUCGAGAUUACCACUUUGUCUCUCGUCAGACAUUUGAGGCCGAACUGUCAGCUGGGAAGCUGAUCGAAUCUGGUGAUUUUGAGAAGAACUUGUAUGGGACCAGUUCAGACUCAGUGAGGCAGGUCAUCAACACUGGAAAGAUCUGUGUGCUCUGUCUCCACACACAGGGAAUGAACAGCGGUGACGCAGCUGUGGAUUUGGAAAGAAAGUCUCUGAGCUCGGCCUGCGAGCGAGUUCCUGUGCGCUGCCUUUUCAAGUUAAAAACAAAAAUAGUCUCUAUCAAAGCUCUAAAGGUGCUGAGGAGUUCAGACCUGAAACCUUACAUCAUCUUUAUAGCUCCACCCUCCCAGGAAAGACUACGCGCCCUGUUGGCUAAAGAGAACAAGAACCCCAAGCCCGAGGAGCUGCGGGACAUUAUAGAGAAAGCGCGAGAGAUGGAGCAGAGCUGUGGUCACCUGUUUGAUGGUGUCAUCGUCAACACAGACCAGGACAAAGCCUUCACCGAGCUGCUACGACUCAUCAACAAACUGGACACUGAACCUCAGUGGGUGCCCUGCUCCUGGCUGCGCUGAAAACACACACACACAUCAUUCACAGAGCCCAUUUCUUCACAUUUCUCAAACUGGACCUCCUUUUACACAAUGUGCUGUGCUGAUGUUUAUGACCUAACAUUACGGUUGAUGUAUGGAAUAACAGGAAUGAGAGAUGUUGAGAAUAAAGUCGUAAUAUUAGUAUUAUAUAUAUAUAUAUAUAUAUAUGAUAUUAUUAAAUCGAGUGUCACAACAUCAUUAGAAAAUAAAUGUCUUGAAAAAUUCCAACUUCCAAGUAAAAUAUUGUUUGCAGGGUUAGGGUUAGGGUUAUUUCAUAAUUUGGGGGAUUUCCUUGCAAUUCUGACUUUAAUCUUAACUUUGAACACUUUUUACACACGAACAAUGCAGCAGCAGAUUGUCUGCUCAGACGAGUUCACAACACAGAACUCUCUUGUGAGUUCGGGUGGGGCAGCAGGCAGAGGCAGGAAGUUGCAUAUCAAUUCUGCUCAAACAAUCAACUGUUUUUUUUUUCACGGCAUAUAAACACUGGCACUCGGCCCUUAUCACCAAAAACUCUCCUGACCUCUUCAUCUGUGUCUUUUAUGUGUAUGCCACUGCUUUUUCAUCCUGAGAUAUUCUUAUUAUUUGAGGCCUUCUGCAGAAAGUCCUGAGGUUCUCACUGGCCAUUCUCCAGAAAAGAUGUAUGUGAGACCACUUAUGUCUGAGAUUAUCCAGAGUUCCAUGCAUGUCUGAAAGCAGCGUAAGAUUUCUUAUUUUUAUAACUGGAAGAUGUUUCUCUUGUUAAAUUAUUAUUAAUUAAUAACUUCCUGUCAAAACUAACUUUUAUUCUACAGUUGUGAUCAUGACACAACCAUUCAUUCUUAAAACAAUAACGUAAUAUUUUGAGUUGAAGUCAAAUUAUACAAUGUUCAUACUCGUUUUUAUUCUUAAUUCUUUUUUAAUUGUCAGUUUCUCAUAAAACUACAACUUCACUAAUCAUUACACGUUUCAUCUUCAAAAUAAGGUUUUCUGGUGAUACUAUGACUUUAUUCUCAGAACUAUUUGUUUCAUUACAGGCCUUUCCUCCAUGACUUUAUUCCUGCAUAAUCUUUUUUCCUUAAAAAAGUACAACUUCUCCAGAAGUUGGUGACUUAAAUUAAUUCCAUCUACAUCACAGCCAUUUCGCCUAACACUGACCGUAAUACAUUUUGUAGAGAUUACAUCCUCUCCACACUCUUAACCUGGUGUCACUGAUAAUAACACAAAAUGGACACAUUUUAGUUCAUUGACCUACUGUCAUGAAAGGGAGGGAAACCUUUCUUUUUGUGACAUUGUUAUGACAGUUAUUUCUGUCAUCCUGAAAUUUAUUUUUCUUUCUUGUUUUGUUCUUUAUCAGAGAUGCUGGACCUUUUUCAUGGUGCCUCCUUAGACUUUACCCUGUAAUCAUUUAAAUUAUGACACACAAAUCCUUUUAACUUUUACAGUCCAGAUGAUCAAUGUAAACGUCUGAAUUUGAGUUUAAACAUCUGAAUUUGAGUUUAAACUUCUUAAUGCUGGGUUAGAUAUGUAAAAAUGUGCAUAGAUCCCCCUAGUGAGAAGUAAAUGUGAAACACACACACAAACAGACAUUAAGAUGAAUACACAGACAGACAUUAAAUAUACACACACAGCCAUUUAGUGCAUAUAUAAAUUCACGCUGAGCCACUACAUUUGUUGCUACGAAUAACACACGUGUCCUCUACGUGCACACCACAGCGUGCGUUAGCCACUGAGGUCCCCUCGUUCUGCGGGAGUUGGACAAAGGCCUUAAACUGCAGCCUUCUGGACCCCGACUGACUGACUUAUUGACUCACUCACUGGUUAAUGUAAACACAAUUACAAUAAACAGUAAAAUAAACACAGCACUUGAUAUCACUUUUUACUUGCUCACUUUGUUUUCCUGACUGACCAAUGACAGCUCUCCAUGUCAGCUAACCUGUCUGAUCACAUUCAAGUAGUGCUCUGAGCCUGAGCCCUGAGGGACAACUGGGUGAAGGACAGUUAUAGUUUUUAGUUGAGUUCCUGAUCGACACCAGUUCUAAAUUUAUUAUGUAAUAAGUGUGCAGGCGUGUGUGUGUGUGUGAAUGGUUCUGUGUGUGUGCUUGUCUGUAAAGAUGGUGUAUGAAGUAGACCUGACUUAUUAUCACUGUUAUCACUGUUUAGAGCAUAUAUAUAUAUAUAUAUGUAUAUAUACAUAUAUAUAUACUAAAAAAAGCUAAUGCUUGAAAUAGAAGUCCAGAAUGCACCAAUAGAAUUGCAGGUUACCUUGUGCCUCCCUGUCAUUGGUCCAGGAGGUAGAGGGAGGGCAGGGGAAAGUGAAUGAACUGUAUUGAAUGUAAAAUGAAAUUUCCUGUGUAUCAGAUAUCACAUGUUCCUGAGAGAAUCUGCUUUUUGUAUGAAUAUUCACAACAAAUAAAUAAUAGAUGAUUGCUACCAAA